AAUAUCAUGGCCCAAAAGAAUGAUGCUUCCCUCGAGUCAAGUCACAAGCCCAGCCAAAAUAAACCAUGAAAGCGAACCCACUUAAAACAACAAAAAUCCAUGGAUAAUAAAGAUGCCAUUCUCCUCAGUCCUCACAAAACCAAAGACUCCACUCUCUCUGUCAUUACAGUUACAGACAUUUCCACGGAUGAAAUCACUUGUGUAUUGCUCCAUGUUCAUCUCUGUAAUUUUAUCCAGACACUGAAUCCUCACCUUCCCAAGAGUGAAAAGUGGUAUCGCUUACAAUGGCUUCAAAGAGAUGUUAAAAAUGGCUAUGGAUCUCAUAAAACCUGCACCAAAACAGUCUAAAAAAAUUGGGAAAGAGAAUUCAGAUCACACCUCAAGCUUCAGAUCAAACAUUUACCAUCAAAACAUGCAUGGUUCAGUCAUGGAUGAUGGCAACAAAUCUACAGUAACCGACCUGCGCAACCUCUCAAAAUUCUUGCUACCACCACUGGGCGCUUCUAGUUCUGAUUGUGGCCAGACACCAAUCAAUUCGAAAGGGAGUAUGAUCUCCCCAUUAGACUCAGGAUACAGGUGUUGGGAGACAUUCAUGGUGCUUUUGGUGGCAUAUUCAGCAUGGACGUAUCCAUUCGAGAUCGCCUUCAUUAACUCCACACCAAAGGGAGAGCUCUUCAUUGCUGACAACAUAGUGAAUCUCUUCUUUGCAAUGGAUAUAGCUCUCACAUUUUUCCUGGCUUACAUAGACCCCAAGACCCAGAUUUUGGUUCAUAAUCGAAGAAAAAUUGCAGUUAGAUAUAUCUCUACAUGGUUCAUAAUGGACUUGGUUUCUACAAUCCCGUUUGGGGCUCUCACAAAACUAUUCACUGGAGAAUAUAGGUGUGGCCUUUCAUGCAGCUUUCUUGGUAUGCUGAGGCUUUGGCGCUUGUUGAGGGUCAAGCAAUUUUUCACAAGGAUUGAAAAGGAUAUCAGGUUCAGCUAUUUCUGGAUAAGAUGCACUAGGCUCCUCUCUGUCACCUUGUUAUUAGUUCAUUUGGCAGGGUGCUUCUAUUAUUUCCUAGCAGACAAAUACCCACAAGAGGGAAGGACAUGGAUAGGCUCUGGGAAUCCAAACUUCAAAGACUCAGGCCUAUGGGUUAGAUACAUAUCCUCCAUUUACUGGUCUAUCACAACCAUGACCACUGUUGGUUAUGGUGAUCUCCAUGCAGUCAACACAAUAGAGAUGAUCUUCAUAAUCUUUUAUAUGCUCCUUAAUCUUGGCCUCACAGCCUACAUAAUAGGAAACAUGACCAAUCUGAUCGUCGAAGGGACUCGUCGAACAAUGGAAUUUAGAAACAGCAUAAAAGCAGCCUCGAACUUUGUAUGCAGGAACCAUUUGCCACCCAAACUGAAAGGGCAAAUACUGACCUAUAUGUGUCUCAAAUACAGAACAGAGAGUUUGAACCAGCAGCAAUUGAUGGAGCAGUUGCCCAAGUCCAUAUGUAAAAGCAUUUGUCGGCAUUUAUUCCUCCCAAUCGUUGAGCCAGUGUAUCUCUUCAAGGGUGUUUCAUCUGAGCUACUCUUGAUCCUAGUUACAGAGAUGAAAGCAGAGUAUUUCCCACCAGGAGAGGACAUAAUCAUGCAAAAUGAAGCAGCUAACGACAUAUAUAUCUUGGUAUCAGGAGAAGUAGAGACCAUAAUUUGCAAGGAGGAGAAGGAACAAGUGUUAGGAAAUUUAUCUAUAGGUGACGUGUUUGGAGAAAUUGCUGCACUUUGCAAUAGGCCUCAAAGUUUCACAUAUAGAACCAAGGCAUUGUCCCAGCUUCUGAGACUAAAUAGACGGGUGUUAUUGGAGGCCAUGCAAGCAAAACACGAGGACAACAUAACCAUACUAAGAAACUUCCUUCAGCAUCUGGGAGAGCUUGAGGUUUCAAACUUUGGUGAAACAGUAGAGAAAGUUGAACGAAAUGCGGACUUGGAGAGUUCCAAUGAUAUGUGUUCAGUGGCUGCUACAGGUAACAGUGAUCUUCUUGCAGAACUUUUGAUAACAGGAAUGGAUCCUGAUACUGAGGACUCCAGAGGAAGAACUCCACUGCAUAUAGCAGCUGCAAAAGGUUAUGAUGAAUGUGUCCAUGUUCUGCUCCGAUAUGGGUGCAAUGUUAAUACAUCAGAUGAUAGUGGUAAUACACCAUUAUGGGAAGCAAUAUCCUCCAAAAACCACUCCAUAUUCAGGCUUUUAUACAACUAUGCCUCUAUCACAAAUCCCGAUUGUGGUGGUGAUCUCCUAUGCUUGGCAGCAAAGAGAAACAAUCUCAUUGUGCUGCAGGAAUUGCUUAAACAAGGGAUAAGUAUCAAUUCAACAAGUAGGUGUGGGUCAACCCCCCUCCACAUUGCCAUAACUGAGAAACAUAUAGACAUGGUCAGCUUCUUGGUCACAAACGGAGCUGACAUCAAUAAGACUGACUUAAAGGGACAAACAGUUAGAGAGAUGGUAGCAGAAGAUCCUGAACAAUUGCCAUGUUCGGUUUUGGAAGAAAUGUUACAGAGUCAAGGUUUGGAUCAUCGGAUUACAGUGUUUGAAGAGCCUUCUGAAAGACCAACAAGAAGGGAACAUUUGAUUAUAGGAAGAAAUGGGUUCUUGCCUAGAGUUUCCAUUUAUAAAGGUCAUCCUUGGGAAAGGGAAAUCUGCUCGGAAUCAGGAAAGCUGGUUCCUCUUCCUAGCACAUUGGCAGGUCUCAAGAACAUUGCAGGAAAGAAGUUUGGACUCAAUGCCUCAAAUAUGAUUAUAACAAAUGAAGAGGGUGCUGAAAUAGAUUGCAUUGAGGUGAUCAGGGAUAAUGACAGGCUUUUCCUGGUGGACAAGAACGAUGGCAUAUAAUUGACAAAAAUAUAGAUCCCCCAUUUCUCAACCAAAAUAUAUCAGGAGUUCUCCAACUUUUGAACUAAUGUUGAAGUAUGCCUUUUGUUUCAAAUUCAUGCAAAUAUAUUCCAAGAUUUUGGGUCCAUAGUUACAUAUACUUCUGAAGCCUUAAAAGUUUCACUUGCCAGAUUCAAGACAACUUGAUCCCACAAUAGUAUUCUUCAUAUUACACAAUUGCGUUGGGAAAUUGCAAGUCUUUAUGAUUCAAAAUU